CAUGCACUCUGAGAGCUACCUGAGCCUAUGGCACGUAGGCCUACAACUCUAGUCGGAAACUGAAAGUAUUCUAACUUUAGCCCACUUACUUUCAUUUUCGUCUUGAAAGGUGUCCAACCACUCCAACAAUGCGUGGUGAUUACCGUCAUGGGCACAUUUAGUUAUAAUUUAACUAAAAUAAAUAGUUGAAAAGAUUGAUAUAGCCUUAUUGAAACAAAUACAUUUUGUUUUUGCCUGUUAGUCUACUGUAGGUACAUGUACAAAGAGGGAUCAUGUGAUUGUGAGUAGACUACUUGUGGUCUGUACAUGGCCAAUAACAACUUUUGAAUAUUCUUUUUAAAGUAUUAAUUUAAAACAUAUUUUCAAGAUGGAGAAGGCAGGCACGAACAUGCAUCUGAGAGAGUGGCUGAUAGCGCAGAUAGACAGUGGAAAGUACGCAGGACUCACCUGGGAGAACCAGAACAAAACUAUGUUCAGGAUCCCAUGGAAACACGCGGCAAAACAGGACUAUAAUCUGAAUGAAGAUGCAGCCCUUUUCAAGGCGUGGGCAGUGUAUAAGGGGAAGUAUCGAGAGGGGAGGGACAAGGCAGACCCCACUUCCUGGAAGACUCGUAUCCGCUGUGCCCUCAACAAGAGCACAGACUUCCAGGAGGUCCCAGAGCGCAGCCAGCUGGACGUCUCCGAGCCCUACAAGGCCUACCGUAUCCAGGCAGAGACAGCGACAGGCAGAUGCUCAGAAUCUCCUGAAACUGAAAGUCAGGUGAUAAUCCAGACCAGGAGCUCCAGUGCUCACCUGAGGAACACCAUCACACACCAUCCACAGUUUGGCUGCCAUAGGGAAUCAGAGGAAAGGGAUGGAAGAGUCAACCCCAGUGGGGGUUUGGACCAUGUACAUUACUGUUCCAACACAGGGACUCCCCAGAUGGACAGCUCUGCUACCUUCUCCAUAUUCAGCCCCACGCCACAGAUCUCUGACUUCCGUGUGCGAGUGUGUCUUUUCUACCAGGACCAGCUAGUAGUAGAUGUGACCACCAGCACCCCAGAUGGCUGUUUCAUUCUACAUGGUCAGGUGCCCCUGGGGAACGAGAGGAUCUAUGGCCCCUGCACAGCCCAACAGGUCCCCUUCCCCCCUCCAGGGGUCAUCCACCUGCCCCCCGGUAUCGCUGAGGCCAUGGGCCGCCUGCUGCCCCACUUGGAGAGGGGUGUCCUGGUGUGGGUGGCUCCAGAUGGGGUGUUUAUCAAGAGGUUCUGCCAGGGCAGGGUGUAUUGGAGUGGCCCUCUGGCCCAGCACACAGACAGGCCCAACAAGCUGAACAGAGAGAGGACCUGCAAGCUGCUGACUGCAUCUAUAUUUCUGAAGGAGCUCCAGGACUUUCUCAGGGGGGCGGGACCCAGACCUCGCUAUGAGAUUGAGCUCUGCUUUGGGGAGGAGUUUCCCGACGCCAGCCCCCUGAAAACCAGGAAGCUGAUCAUUGCACAGGUAGUGCCCCUGUUUGCUGUCAACCUACUGCAGAGGUGCCAGAGGUUGGGGCCAUAAGAGAGACCACGCCUUCACACACACAUCACCAUGGGGGGAGAAGGAAAAAGGGUCAGUCACAACCCUCUCCCAGCACUGAUGAGACCAGGACCCAUCUCUAAGUAAACACUUAGGAACAUUCCCCCCUGGUACCCUCCUGUCCCAGUCUAGCCAGCCAUGAUGAGGGGUGAGUCGAGUGUCGAGACACCCCCCAAAAAAUAUCUGAAUUUGGCUGCCUGUGUAAACACACUCAUAGUUUUCUUAACCUACAGAAGUUGAAAUAUUGGUUUUAUUUUUGGGUUUGACAAUAUAAUCUACAGAUAAUGUAAUCAUUUUGCCAGUAUACAGUAUGUUUGAUAUCUUUCCUUAAUAUUUUCCUCAUUUACGUUGUGUGAGUAGAGUAUGUUUGUACAGUAUCUUAUAUAAUAUGAAAAAUGGCAGCUAUUCAUUCCUCCAUUUCCCUCAUAAUCAACUUGUGAUUGAAUUGUAUGUGCAGCUAGAGUCUAGUAACUAUAUCAAUGGUUUUAUAUCCAUUGUGUGAUGUAUGGAACUGUGACAGACGUAUAGACCUGCCUAUAGAUCAGGUUAAUCAUUACAAAUCUUUAAACCACUAAAAAUGAUUGAAAUAAGAAACGUUUUAUCUUGUGCCAUGAAUUAAAAAUAGUUGUAUAAGUGCACAUUGCUUGAAUGCUCCCAUAGUUUAAUGGCAACGUUUCAGUCACCAUCGCUCUUUGUCAGGAAAGAUGCCAUUAUUAUUAAAUGUCAUAGUAUGGGAGUGUUGGACAUAAUUCUUUUCCUAUGACAUAUGUCCCCUACAACUAAGAUAGUACAUUGGCUGUGUGUACAACACUUUUGAUCAUGCAUGUAUGGGGUAUGAAGUCACCUCAUUCAGUAUAAAUUCAUAAAGCUUUUUUUAAUUUUUAUAAUUUCUAGCGAACAUCAUAUAACAGACUCACAAUUUCAAAAAUAUACAAUUUUUAUAGCUAUAAC